UUUCCGGAGCACCGACGAGAAGCACUUCUGAGCCCUGCACUUGAAGAGCCCUUGCCGAGGCCUUUCGAAAUACCUCGGAAAGCUUGGUCGCGGCAGUUCUUAGUUCCUCAGGAUGCGGCGUACGCGCCACGUAGUGCUACCCGUGCGAUCCUGGCAGUACAUCGGACUUCUGAUAGUAUCGCUGGCAUGUCUGACGCUAGGAUUGGUAUCCAGGGAUAGAGAGGGACACUCCGGUAGUCUCGCAGGACCUGAGCUCACGCAUCAAGCACCCCACGAGGUGGACGCCUGUCCGAACUUGAUUCCCUUUGCCAAAAACUCGAUUGCCGAACCGGAAGAAGCUACAAAACCGCUUAACGAACAUGAAAUAAAACUAUCUGAAUCAAGAGCAUCACCUAUAUCUCGAAAAUCAGUACUCUCUCGAUCGCUGAGUUUCGAUCGCUUGUCCAGGAGCGGUUCGCAGGAGAUCAGAGAGCGAUUGUCCGGAAACCGAGAUCUAAGGGCAGUCGAAAGGCUGUCAAGAUCGAGGACUCGCGUAUCCGACGACAGAUCCAUCAACCGUUUUCGAGAAUCCCGCUUUAGAACGAGCGCGCAGUCCCGCGACAUCAGGAACUCCUUCGAUCCCGCCACUCGAUUCUCUCGAUCGCGAGAUCUGUUUAACGGAGCAACCGAUCGCCGUUCUGCGAGUCGUUCCAAGCCAAAUUUUGAGCGUCGUCUGGCCGAUCCUCUAAACUCCCGGCUCGAAGAUCGCCGAUCCACGGAACGGCGCGAGCUCAACGAAAUCGCGCAACGGCAAAAUCGCGUCGAUCGAUCGGCGGACCGGCGAGAUUCUCCGAAUCUUCAGCGUCGUACGAGCGAUCAUCGCGAUCGUAAAUCCCUCCCGACGGAGCGACAAGUCAAUCGACAAGAAUCGCGCGAAGUCCUAGCGGGUCGUCGCGAACACCGAGAUCUGUCGCGAAAUCGUGUCCCGAAUGACCGAUCCGAGAUACGCGAACGUAGAUCUCUAUCUGUCGAGCGACGUAUGUCAAUCGAACAUCGGGACGCGGUACGAUCAGAUCGUCGCGAGGAUCGCAGGGAUCUCUUAAAUCGUUCGGCAAAAUUCACUCGAAAGGAUAUCGAUCGCAACGAUAAUCUGGAUCGCCGAAACCGGGAACGGUCUCUGGAAAAUCGUCGCGCUCUUCACGAUCGCGUCGCUAAUCAAGAACGUAAAUCACGAUUUUCGGUCGCUAGAAAUUCUCGUGGAGAUCUUAUUAGGUCUGACGAUCGUCAAACGCUGUCUCGCUCGAUGGAACGUUCAGGAUUCGACGAUCUCAAUCGCAAUCGCCUUAGCAGACGAUCAAUCAAAUCGGUUGAAUUCAACACCGCGAGAUCCGAGGAGCGCAGAUUAUCGGUCCGAUCUAUGGAACGUCGCGAGAAUCGUAUUGCUGAUCGAAAAUCCUUCAACCGGGCGAUGCCACGACUCUCAUCCGAGGACGUGCGUCGAGAAGGGAUUAAUCGCUCGCAAAGGACCGCAAGCCGACGUGAUUCGCGUGAAAACGCGGCAGUCAGGGAGAAUCAUAGAAUGACACGAUCGCGUUACGAUGUCGAAGAAAUCGCGAGUCGGGAACGAAAAGAAAGAUUCGCACGAGCCUCCCGUUUGGUCGAGCGUAAUUCGGUGGAUCAUCGGGAAAUCGCGAGAAUCAGAGAUUCCAGAGACUACAAUCGCCGAUCGCGCGAAGAACGAAGGAUCGCAUUGCAGAGACCACGCGAAGCUGAACGACGAACGUCCGAACAAAGAAUUCCGGAAAGACGAGUUUUAGAGCGACAAGUCGCUCUGGAUUCGGCACGUCUCGAUUCGCGAAAAUUGGAACGAAGGAUCGACGAUAGCUCGAAAUCCCGCGAAGGAUUCAAGCUAGCAGAUCGACGUUUGGAACGAAACUCUGAAUCGCGAGUUUCUCGCGGAAGAAUCUUGGAAAAGCGAUCUGCCCUAGAUUCGCAAAGAUUGUCAAACCAAAGGAUCGACGACAGUCCGAAAUCACGCGAAGGAUCCAGGCUGACAGAUCGACGUUUGGAAAGAAAUCCGGAAUCUCGAGUUUCUCGCGGAAGACUCCUGGAAAAGCGAUCUGCCCUCGAUUCGCGAAAAUUGUCGGAACGAAGGAUCGACGAUAGCUCGAAAUCCCGCGAAGGAUUCAAGCUAGCAGAUCGACGUUUGGAACGAAACUUUGAAUCGCGAGUUUCUCGCGGAAACAUCCUGGAAAGGCGAUCUACCCACGAUUCACGAAGAUCAUCGGAACGAAGGAUCCAUGACAGUUCGCUGUCGCGUGAAGAAUCCAGGAUGCAGGAUCGACGCGUGGAACGGAACUCCGAAUUACGAAAUUCGAUCUCAAUGCUUCCGAUGGAGCGCAGAACGAAUUCUAUAACAGCAUCUCUCGAGAACCAAGUUCUACGUUCAUCAGAAACGCAACGCGAGGUCAGGCGUCUCAAGGAGCGCCGAGUGGCUCGAUCAGUUGAGAAUCGACCCACCGAGUUUCGUGAAAGAGAAUCCAUCAGACACUUGCGUCAAAGAUCGGCGAGGAACAUCGAGGACUCAUCGAGACUCUCUUCUCUUCGCCGAGUCCACGUACCUGAACAAAAUCGCAAACAACGAAGGCUGUCUACUGAGAGGACGCUCGCUAGAACCGUAGACAAUGAACGAUUAUCCGCAAAAUGGGAACGAAUUUUGCAAAACGCACGCGUUGAAAGGAAUGUAGAAACUAGAGCAAAAAUCGUUCCUAAUUCAAUGAAGGACUUCGAAUUUUUCAAGUAUUCUAUGGCCUACGAUAUUAUGAAACAAGCUUUCGUCGUGGCAUUAUGUACCGUUUAUGGGCUUUCUCUUUAUAAUGGAAAAAAAUCCUCCAUCGGCAACAACAUAAUGCAGCAUGCGCAGCGCUUCGUAUUUUGGUAAAAUGGAAAAAUAAAUCCGGCUAUCAAAAAACGGCACUGAAAAUUACUUCUCUCUGGACCUAUGCUUCUGUCGAUCUCAUUAUUUUAUGAAUUAAGAUAUUAUGUUGCAAUAUGUGUACUGUUUCCGAGAAUACUCAGAAUGUAGAUUAAUGUACAGCUCCGUAGUAAUGCGUAAUAUCUAAAAAUAUAUGCUCCGUAGAAAUGUGUAUAUCUAAGAAGAUAUAUUUUGUGCGAAAAUAAAUAGUUGCAGUCGUAGUUAAA